GCAGAUGGGAUGCGCCUUGUCCAGCUCGGGGGACGCAGGGGAUCCAACCGCCUCCGAAGAAAGGAAGUGCUCAGCGCCGGGCCUGGCUGAGGACGGGAAGGAUGCAAACAGCGGGGAGGUGGCCGGAGCGUUCCCGCUCUCUGAAGCCCAGAAGGAGCUGAUUCGGGAGUCCUGGAAAAUUCUGCAUAAGAACAUUACCAGAGUUGGAAUCAUUGUCUUCAUUCGACUCUUUGAGACCCACCCUGAGUGUAAAGACGUCUUUUUCCUGUUCCGUGACAUAGAUGACCUGCAACAGCUGAAGAUGAAUAAGGAGCUGCAGGCCCAUGGCCUCAGAGUGAUGUCGUUCAUUGAGAAGAGCGUGGCACGGCUGGACCAAGAAGGCAAACUGGAAGUUCUGGCCUUUGAGCUGGGCAGGAGUCACUUCCGGUACAAAGCUCCCCCUAACUACUACGAGUACAUUGGCAUUCAGUUCAUCCAGGCUGUUCAGCCAAUUCUCAAAGAAGAUUGGACUCUGGAAGUUGAGAAGGCCUGGAAGAGCCUCUUCAAAUACCUGGUCGCUGUGAUGCGCAGGGGUUUCUAUGAUGAAGGACAGAGACUGGGGGCCAGCCCUUCUCUUCCCCCACAGACGGCAGUUGUCAAGUCCACUCCAGAGAAAGUCUGAUGAAGGUGUCGUCCCUGGAAGUGGCUCGCUGGGGAUCUUCUUGGGCUUCCUACUAGACACCCCUGCUGCUGGCUGCGGAAGGUCCUCUUGCGAAGAGUUUCCACCACUGUUUUGUGGUCCUUACAGAGCUACGCUUUACCUUUCCAAUUGUUCAGCUAAAGCAAUCGCUCGCCCCCCCACCCGAGCUUGUCCUCCAGCAUAAGAAGGCGAAGCAUGGCAUUUUGUAGAACGUUGGAAAAGGCUUUGGGCAGAACCAGUCCUGCCCAAGAGCGUCACAUCCAACAUCUAUCAGCACCUGUAGAAUUUGCCUGGUGGUUGCCACUCCUUGCAACCUUGCAGAAAUGCAACCUCAGAGUGCAGGACUUUGGAGACAGGUUGGGGAAUCCCGAGAGAGGCCAGGAUCUAGUGCGGUGAGCCAUAGGGUUCAAGACUUGGGUCUCUCCUCAAGGCAACAGGGCCAGGUGCAACAUGGGAUGCUCUGCAGACCUCACCCAAGACAUCGUGCUCCUGGGACAGGUCAGCCCCUGGCCUGCUUCUCCCUCUGCAAGCAGCAUUGCUCCUGGACCCUGAGGGCCGUGUGGGCCCCCCAGGCCACCUCAGGGUGAUUAGCAGACUGAGCGACUCCACGUGGCCGUUGGGCCCCGGACCGCAGCUGCCAAGCCCAAGAGGCUCAUCAGGAACCAAGCCGGUCUGCCCCUGGGGUGAGCAGCAGGGGAGAAGGUUGUGGAAGGUGGUCCUUCUCCUUCGCCUCAGUAACAAAUCUGCGCCUCCUGCCCCAGCAGGUUCCCGGCCCAGCAGUUCCAGUGCCAAGAGUCUCCGGCAAGCACCUGGGACGCCACACCCUGGGUGGGUCUUGCGCUUCUUCCCAGGAGCUGUCGCUCAAUGCCAAAGUGCCUUUUUGCUUUUGAGCGCGUGAGGAAAGUCCCGUCCAGUGGGAAAGGGCCGGACAGCGUUUCCUUCCACCGUUGCGCCGUCCUCGCUUUCAACAAGUCGCCUCCGCCCCGCUCGGCGCUCGUGAGCUAACCCCCCUCUUUGAUUCUGUCUUUUUCUUGGCGUCUUUCAUUACCUGUGCAAAACACACUUGCGUUGUAACCCAAUUAGCUUGUGAGGCAGAUAAUUAGGUUGCUUUUGAACGCACCCUCGUUUCCCUGGCGAUGAUUUGUUCCCAGAAUAUCCUCAGAUCAGGGUUUCUUUCAGAUGUCCCUCUUUCUCUUUCAUGGCCUUUUACUGGGUCCGAUUAAUCCGUUGCCGUCCUUUGGAUCCACUGAGAUGUCCCCUGUCUUCCAAGAGACUUUCCCUCCAAAGUUGGAGAGGUGGUGAGGACCCUCUUCUUCUUCUGCCUCUUAUUACAACAACCCAAUUAUACAUUGUUU